UCGAAUCGAAUUCUUCUUCGCUACGUAUUGUUUCAGGCCUUCAUGUAUAAAUGGGCGGAGCUGAGCUGAGCUGAGCUGAGCAGAGCACUCCAUCUUGCCUUUUGACCGUAGUCCAACUUCCCAUUCCUCUUUAUCUCCUCGAUGUCUCGUGUCUUGUUGUUGCAGAAUUUGGUUUCCUUCUUCCUCUGCCUGCUUCUCCAUUCUCUGACAGGAGAAGGUGUCGCAUUCACAUUCGUGAAUAGAUGCGGCGCCACGAUCUGGCCGGGCGUUCUGUCCGGUUCAGGCAGCCCGAGGCUGGAGACCACCGGCUUCGAGCUCCCCGCCGGCUCCAGCCGUACGCUGCCGGCCCCUUCCGGCUGGUCCGGCCGCUUCUGGGCCCGCACCGGCUGCUCGUUCGACGCGGCCGGCCGCGGCUCCUGCGCCACCGCCGACUGCGGGUCCGGGCAGGUGGAGUGCAACGGCGCAGGUGCCGCCCCCCCGGCGACCCUCGCGGAGUUCACGCUCGACGGCAGCGAUGGGAGGGACUUCUACGACGUGAGUCUCGUGGACGGCUACAACCUGCCGAUGCUGGUGGAGGCCGCCGGCCGGGAGGGGUGCGCCGCCAGUGGGUGCGCGGCGGACCUCAACCGGCUGUGCCCGGCGGAGCUGAAGGUCGGGCACGGCGACUCGGCGGCGUGCCGGAGCGCGUGCGGGGCCUUCGGGCGGCCCGAGUUCUGCUGCAGCGGCGAGUACGGCAGCCCCGACAGGUGCCGGCCGUCCGCCUACUCGCAGAUGUUCAAGUCCGCGUGCCCGCGUUCCUACAGCUACGCCUUCGACGACGCCACCAGCACCUUCACCUGCGCCGGCGCUCAGGGUUACUCCAUCACCUUCUGCCCCGAGUCCUCCCCGAGCCAAAAAGCCACCAUGAAUCCUUCACCGACAACAACAGAACCAGUGCUGGAAUAUGGCUCUUGGCUGGCAAGCUUGGCCUCCGGAGAUGCGAACCCAGCAAGGAGAAGAGCUAAUUCCUUCCUCCUCCUACUACUACUAGUACUACUACCAUCAGCAGUCACUGCGACUCUCCUGUUUGCUUUCUCGUAAAUGUGGAAAGCUCACUCUCUUUGGGGUGUCAGAACAAAGGCACACACUACCUUGGACAAGAUAAAAGGAGUUGGGUCGUCUUCAAUACAAAGCUGAAGUGGCGGAGCAUCAACGAUCGUAGGGAAACAUUGUUCUCUUCCAA